CACAGCGCGAGAAGCGGAGAAGCUCAUCAAAGGAAAGCAGCACUGGACUUUGAAUCCGAAGAUUAGCAGUCUUACCCUUGUACCAUCCGCGUAUUGGUUUUGCUUUUUAAAUGGAUUUACCAGAGUAGUUCAGGCUUUACCAAAAGCUGCGCAUUGGAUUGACCGAUAAAUAAUCCCGAACCUGUGGGAAAAGGGGCACAUGAGUGUCUCGGGGGCCACCGCGAACCAAGGGUACUAAGUACUUCUGGUGCCUUAUUGAACCCGUACGGACCGGGCAAAGGGCACAGGAAAAUAGGUUUGUGACUACACAGAGGUUGCCAAUGCCUGGAGUCAGCAUUUGAAGCUGACCAGCUGUCUCUCACACUCACAAACAUUACCUCAGCAAGAUGUUGAGCAUCUUAAAGGUUUUCAUUGCCAUCUGUUUCAUGGAACUGGUGUGCUCAAGAAGCAUAACAUCCGGGGAACCCAGGGCAAAAGAUAUCAGAGUUUCACGACACAUACUUACUCCUGGAUAUCCUGAGAAUGCUACUGUGUUGGUCGGAGGACAUGUGAAGCUGGUGUGUAAGCUCCACCAGCCAGCCUCAACACGUCUCCAGUGGUUCAAGAAGGACAGUAAUCGCCUGGGGCCUGAUGGAUCACCAGUACUUACAGCUCUUACGCCUCUUCUUGAGAACCUCUCCAAAGUCAACAUAUUUCCUUUGGUUAAUAUCUCUUUGGAAGAUGCUGGAGAGUAUGUAUGCAAGGCGGAAAACUCAGCUGGUCAGGCUACUCGCUCUGCCUGGGUGGAAGUCUUAACGGAAGUUUCAGAGGAGCCAACUGAGGAACCAUCAGAGCACCUGCUGUUGGAGCUCGGGGAUGUACUUAAACUCCGUUGUGACACAAACCGUCCUGGAGCUGUCCAGUGGUUCAAGAGUGGUGUUCGGGUGCAACACAAUGCCCGUAUCCAGAUAAGAGCGGCAGUCAUGGAAAUUGCAGAUGUUACCUAUGAAGAUUCAGGAGUAUAUGUGUGUAUGCUACGUGGCACCAAAGAGGCUCUACGCAACUUCACUAUCACAGUGGCAGAUGCUGUAGGGUCGGGAGAUGAUGAUGAUGAAGAUAAUGGUCUUGAUGACAUUGGUCCUGAGACCGAAAAUGACCAGGUCUACAUAUCCAGAGCACCAUACUGGACUCACACUCAAAGGAUGGAAAAGAAGCUGUAUGCAGUCCCGGCUGGAAAUACUGUCAAGUUCCGCUGCCCUGCCACUGGGAGCCCCCUUCCCACCAUUCGCUGGCUAAAAAAUGGCAGAGAAUUCCGAGGAGAGCACAGGAUUGGUGGCAUCAAGCUACGACAUCAGCACUGGAGCCUGGUCAUGGAGAGUGUGGUUCCCUCAGACCGUGGGAAUUACAGUUGUGUGGUGGAGAACAAAUAUGGAUCCAUCGCUCACACCUACCUCUUGGACGUGUUGGAACGCUCUCCACACAGGCCAAUUCUUCAAGCUGGUCUCCCCAAAAACACUACAGCUAUAGUGGGUGGAGAUGCCCAGUUCCUGUGUAAAGUGUACAGUGAUGCUCAGCCUCACAUCCAGUGGCUCAAGCAUAUAGAAAUGAAUGGCAGCCGUUAUGGGCCUGAUGGCAUUCCUUAUGUGAAGAUUGUGAAGACAGGAAGCUUGAACAUGUCUGAAGUUGAAGUCUUGUAUCUUACCAAUAUCUCAAUGGAGGAUGCUGGAGAAUACACCUGCUUGGCUGGAAACUCUAUUGGUUUCUCUCAUCAAUCUGCCUGGCUCACAGUCUUAUCAGAGGAGGAUGUAGCCAAGGAGGUGGACCUAAUGGAGGCCAAAUACACUGACAUCAUCAUCUAUGCUUCUGGCUUUUUGGCACUGGUGAUGGCCAUUGUGAUUGUGGUCCUCUGCCGCAUGCAGGUUCACCCCAGUCGGGAGCCUUUUGAUACGCUCCCAGUACAGAAACUCUCCAAAUUUCCUUUGCGCAGACAGUAUUCAGUGGAGUCCAAUUCUUCUGGAAAAUCAAGUGCGUCACUGAUGAGGGUGGCUCGUCUUUCCUCCAGUUGUUCCCCAAUGCUGGCUGGAGUUAUGGAGUUUGAACUGCCUUAUGAUCCUGAUUGGGAGUUUCCAAGAGAGAAUUUGACUUUAGGGAAACCGCUUGGAGAGGGUUGCUUUGGUCAAGUGGUUAGAGCAGAGGCGUAUGGGAUAAACAAAGAGAAUCAAGAUCAUAUGGCAACUGUAGCUGUUAAGAUGCUAAAAGAUGAUGCAACCGAUAAAGACCUUGCAGACCUGAUCUCUGAGAUGGAGCUCAUGAAGGUUAUGGACAAGCACAAGAACAUCAUAAAUCUUCUUGGUGUUUGUACACAGGACGGUCCGCUGUACGUGCUGGUUGAAUAUGCAUCAAAAGGUAGCCUACGGGAAUAUCUCCGAGCUCGUCGACCUCCUGGCAUGGACUACACCUUUGAUGUGACCAAGGUUCCUGAGGAACAGCUCACCUUCAAAGACCUGGUUUCUUGUGCUUACCAAGUGGCAAGAGGCAUGGAGUACCUGGCUUCCAAAAGAUGCAUUCACAGAGAUUUAGCCGCAAGAAAUGUUCUUGUGACAGAAGACAAUGUGAUGAAGAUCGCAGACUUUGGCUUGGCAAGAGGAGUGCAUCAAAUUGAUUACUACAAGAAGACAACUAAUGGACGUCUGCCAGUGAAAUGGAUGGCACCAGAAGCCUUGUUUGACAGAGUCUACACACACCAGAGCGACGUAUGGUCUUUCGGGGUUUUGAUGUGGGAGAUAUUCACAUUGGGAGGAUCGCCGUACCCUGGGAUACCAGUAGAGGAGCUUUUUAAGCUGCUGAAGGAAGGCCAUCGGAUGGAUAAACCCUCCAACUGCACCCAUGAACUCUACAUGAAGAUGAGAGAGUGCUGGCAUGCAGUACCAACUCAAAGACCAACGUUCAAACAACUUGUGGAAGAGCUCGAUAGGGUGCUGGUGUCAAUUUCAGAUGAGUACCUGGACCUAUCCACCCCUUUCGAACAGUACUCUCCAUCUUGUGAGGACACCUCCAGCUCAUGCUCUUCAGACAAUGAUUCUGUGUUUACCCAUGAUGCUUUGUCAACCGAACCAUGCCUCCUUGGCUACCACGAUGUGCAUUCUCGGAUGGACCUAAAGACGACAAUGCGAUAGUUUUAUUUUUUGUGGCACAUCUUGUGAAUGUCAGAAACACAAAACAAGGAUUGUGGCCUUCGUCGCUCUGCCUAAGAACAUUAUAAUGAUGCUUGGCACUAUGAAACUUGGUGGUGAAUAAUUUUCACUCGCAUAUCUUCCGGACUGAUCAUGAGCUAAAUGAUUUUACUGAAUGGGUGCCGCUAGAUGUAGAACGCUACAUUGGAGCAACAUACAGAAGCAUUUUUUAAAAAAAAGAGAACAUUUAUUUUGAUAUAAAAUGGAUAGCAUUGAUAAAUAUAAAUCUCUCUCUAUAAAAAUUUAUUCUACGUUUUCCUAUUUAAAGAACGGUCUUAAAUCUCAGGAUCUUGCAUGUUAAAAAAUGGCUGUAGUGGCAGCAAAGUGCCUGAUUUUUUGGAUUUCCUGUGAAUAUCUUAAAAUAUUUUAUGUACAUAUCACUACAGAAGACAAUUACAUUCUAUAAAUUAUUCUAAAUGAUAUAAAGUGAAGGUGUUACUUAGGUGAAGUUUUGUAAAUCUACAGCUAUUCCUAAACGGUUCAUCGACACAUUUACCAUAGCUAUUGUUUGCUGCUCGUACCAUUGUACACUGUCAAUGCUAAAUCUCUGAGCACUCAACUUCCUGUUGUUCUGUUCAUUUCAUGCCUCACCGAUUGGUAAGCAUAGAUUCAUCUUGGUCUUCUCUCCGACCAUUCACCCCAUUCAAACAGGACCAGCAACACUUCCAUUGUCAGUACUGUACGGAAGAAAAGGACUCGACUGAAUGUGAAAUGCCUUGAUAUUGAUUGAUUUCAAAUGGUGAAUCCUCCAUUGUCUGGCUGUAACCUUUCAACCACCCCAGUUUGUUUGCAUGGUCCAGGCAUACGCCGAGGUGGACAAUGGUCUCAUGCAGCUGUAAUGUGUGUGACUGCUGGCGAGGGUGAUUGGGGGGCUGUCUAAUGCUUGUGUGCAAAUGAGAAAGCCCCUUAUUAUGCUAAUGGCUCCAGCUGCCCAUCUUUAUCCUGCACUAUCUUUUAAUAUACAAAUGCUAAUGCUGGCCUUUCUAAACAAACUCGGCAAUGUCCUUCAGGGAAUGCAAAGCCUCUUCCCACAAGCUGAUAAGAAGCCAAUGGCUUUUUUCAAGUUAAUUUACCAAUACUUUGCAUUCCCAGCCAGGGACGCUCCUACAGAUCCCUUCGGGCACAUUCUGGGACAAAUGGUCAGCAUACUACGAAUGAGUACAAGUAGAUCUCCCCAGCGAGAGCAAAAUUGUUCAAUUGCCUUUCGUCAGAUCUCAAAAUCUUCUUUUCAGGCAGCUACAGAGAUGUUUGAACUAUAAAUGAGACUCAUAAGGAGUCCUUCAUCCCUGCAGAAUUUAUGUAUGAAAAAAUCCAUAGUUACGAACCACAUGACAUUCCAUUUGUGUAUAACUCCCCAAUGUAACGAUCAAACGAUGUUAUUAUAAAUUUCCCCUGAAGAGAAUUAUUUUAGAAAUAUUUAAUUUAUUUGUUUAUUGUUUGUUUUAUAUUAAAUAAAGUAUAAUUU